AGGGGAGCCGUCGCCGCCGCCGCUGCCCGCCUCGCCCGCCGCCAUGGGGGUGGAAGGCUGCACCAAGUGCAUCAAAUACCUCCUCUUCGUCUUCAACUUCAUCUUCUGGCUGGCCGGCGGCAUCAUCCUGGGAGUGGCCCUGUGGCUCCGGCAUGACUCGCAGACGACAAAUAUCCUCUACCUGCAGCUGGGGGACAAGCAGGCCCCUAACACCUUCUACGUCGGAAUCUACAUCCUGAUCGCGGUCGGAGCUGUCAUGAUGUUCGUGGGGUUCCUGGGAUGCUACGGCGCUAUUCAGGAGUCUCAGUGCCUUCUGGGAACGUUCUUCACUUGCCUGGUGAUCCUGUUUGCCUGCGAAGUUGCGGCUGGAAUCUGGGGAUUUGUCAACAAAGACCAAAUAGCCAAAGAUGUGAAACAGUUCUAUGAUCAAGCGUUUCAACAAGCGCUCAUGGCAGAAUCGGAGACGAACAACGGGAAAGCUGUAGUGAAGACCUUUCAUGAAACGCUGGACUGCUGUGGUCCCGAUACUGCAACAGGAGUCGUCACUCCCCUGUGGAGAGACGACCUCUGCCCAAAGAAGGACGCCUUCCUGAAAAACCUUUUUGAGUCCUCGAACUGCCACAAAAAAAUCGACGAGCUGUUCUCCGGGAAGCUGUACCUGAUUGGUAUCGCUGCCAUCGUGGUCGCCGUGAUCAUGAUCUUCGAAAUGAUCCUAAGCAUGGUGCUGUGCUGUGGCAUAAGGAACAGCUCCGUCUACUGAGCCGUGAGAACCGGGGAGGGGAAGGGGGGAGCAGGGCAGAUGGCGCUAGAGGGGACCCCAAGUGCCACCAAGUGACCAGGAGACAUUUCAACAAAAGACAAAGAAAACUAUGUAUAUAAAUACUUCCAAUAUUACCAUACAGUACUUAUCAUUUUUAUUUUGAAGUACUUUUUUUUUUUUAAAUAAAUAAAACUUUCCCGUAUCCUUGUGGCUGAGUUAGUUACACAUCAGUUUUGUGUGAUGGGGAAAGCUGCUGUAGCAGUAGAUCGAGUCCUUCCUCCCCCUUCCCCACCCCCUGUAACUCAGAAAUAACAUUGGUGGAAGAUGUACAGAGGAGAAGGCUGCAGCCUAUUAUCAGAAAACUUUGCUUUGGUUUUUACUCUCUUUUUCAACACUGACUUUUUUGUAUACAUAAUUGGAUGCUGAAGCAGAAUUUAGCAUUUUUAUUCAUUUGUAGUCAUCUUUUCCUACCAUCACCCCAGCUCCCUGGCGUUUCCCAGCUGUCCAUAGGGAAGCCUGGCUGACUGCCCAAAGCCUGGGAGAGAGAGGAGAGGAGAGGAAACAGCCCCUGUCACCUGGGUGCGAUGUGUCGCGGGGGAAAUGCAAGUGCAUUGUUCCUCUCCAACCUGUUUGCAUCACUAGGUCAAUCCUUAACAGAAGUCAUGCUUAAAUUUUUUUACUCUCUGAAGAGUGGGGAUGUUUUUGGCUUUUUGUUUUUGUGGUUUUUUUCUUGGGGCUGUAACUUUAUAAAUUGGCUCAUUUCCAUUGCUUUGUUACAUUAAAGGGUCAGUGGCUGGGGGUGAAUUUUAGUCCCAGUUUUCAAAUAUCUCAAGCUGAAAAUUAAGUCACUUCUUUAACCUCCUUCAGUGUUUCUUUAUAGACGUAUAUUUUGGGGAGAGUCUAGUUCUGCACUAUGUUUCCACUGUUAAGCUAAUGCUUGCAUAUAAAUGAUAUUGGAAAAAAGAAGAAAACUUUAAAAAAAAAAAAAAGUCCUUAACCUUAGAAAUUCUGCAUUUAUGUAUUGCAGGAUGACGCUUGGGGGUUCCCAGCCAUAUGCAUACAUGUUUAAAAUUUCAUCUUUGCAUCACUCUCUUGUUCAAUGAAAUUUUCCUUAUUUACAGCAUAUUGUCGCACACUGUAGCAUUGCUGGGAAAUUGUCAUAACCUGAUUUUGGGGGAAAAAAAAAAAAGUUUAUUUUUAAGACCUUCCACUUCCAGUUACAUCAAUGGCAGGAGAUCAGCUUAUCAAAGCAAGGGAAUUCAGGAUUUUUAGAUCGCACCAGUUGAAACACUUUCUUGUGACCUGGUAAGCUUUGAUUGCCAAUUCGACGUAUGUGGCUUCUGUUGUAUGCCACUCCGUUACCAUGUAGAUAGAGGAGGAGAGUGACCCAGGAGCUAUGUAAUAAAAUCAGAGUGUCUCUAAAAAGAUGAUCUAUAUGUAUAGUUCUAUAGAUAUAUAUUUUUAAGCAAAGGCUUUUCCUUAGCCGUACGGGCACUUGAGCUGGAAAUUAUAGUAUCUCAGCUCUUUGCCACAUCGAAGCAGGUAAGGGGAGGAGUUGAAACUAGUGAUCACCUUCCCCACCUCAGGAAUAUUUCUGUUUCUUAAAGUAUUUCGCUCUCCCCCUUCGUUGCAACGAAGAGCUUCAGAUCUGAUAGGGAGGAAGAUGUGUGAUCAUUUUAAAUUAGUACCUUGUCCACUGCAUGUGGCUGCCAUGGCCUUUGCCACUACAGGAUAGGAAAUUCCUGCACUGGGGCAAACUGAUCCAUUUGGAGGCUUUUCCCCCAUUCCACUCCCCCCUUUCCUUUUCCGGCCUUUUAGUAUAUAGGGCCUUUAAAAAGUAUAUAGGUAAAUAUAUAUAUAUCAAGUUGUGCUGGGUAAGAGGAGGAACUGCUUCAACAGAACUUCAGAUUGAGGGGUUGGACAAGAAAAGAUUCAGCCUUAGAAAUAGCCUUAAAGCAACACUGCCCUGAAUGUUCACGUUGUGCACAUCGAGAACAAGACAAGGUUUUGCAGCAGGUAACCCCUUCCCCUGCUCCCCAGCGUAGCUCCUUCAGGUCAUCUACUCUGUUAUGUGGCUACAUGUAUAUGCAUCAACCAAGCAUGUGUGUUUACAUAUAUGUGCAUCGGGAUUGUAAGCACACAGAAUGGAUGUGUAACUUGCCGCCUUUUUUGUUGACUGUUGAUAAAUGUGUAUAAAUAUGCCAUUAAGCAUUUCAAUUCUGUUUUCUUUCCUUAUACCGUAUUUUUGAUAUUGUUCAGUAUUCAGUUGAUGCUGUGUCUGUAGCUGGAGCUCUGUUUGAAGACACACUGGGUCUCAACGCAGGUCAGGUGUGUCCCUGGAUGUUGUAGCUUUAGGGGUCUGGGUUGUCCCAGGCAGGAGCAAUUAGGAGAAAGUGGUACUUGGAGAGGAAGUCUGAGAGCUGUGGGAGGAAGAAGAGCCGGACAUUUGCUCAGACCAUGUCCCGCACGGGCUGCAGUUUGCUCUCUGGCUUAUUUCAGAGGUGGCUUGUCACUGUGGGGAGCUCCCUGGGCCACCUCCUGUCCCUGCGGCUGCUGCAGGAAAGGUGCUGCAAGAGGGGAACAGCCAGCGGCUGGGAAGGUCGUGGGAGCGGGCAGAAGGAGUUUUGCAGGGAGAGGGUAAUGCUUUCUUUAGAGUUACUAGCUGAGAGACCCCAUGUUCAAUGGAAUGGUCAUCAGCUGUAGCAGGAGGGGUCAGCCCUGGGAGAAGAGGGACAGAGAGGAACCAUCAUGCUUAAGAACGAUGAAGUAGCUGAGAAACCCUCACAGAAAAAACUACCCACUUGUGUCUCCUCUAGUCUGGCCUCCUGUGAAGCUGGACCUGAGUUAAAACAAACUAGAGAGGGAGUGGUGAAAGGCUGAGGGGACUCGCCCUGUUGCAAGCACUCCGGAUCCAAAAGCAACAGGGCUCUUCUGCCAGUUGGUCGGUCCUAAAGCUGGCUGAGGUGAAGGGGAAAGAACCACUAGGUAGGACCCCUGCCCUGCCUCAGACCCUCUCCUGUGUACCUGUGCAUUUGUGUGUGCAACAUGGGGCCCCGUCCUGCUCCCCUCCGCACCCCCAAAAAACAAACUAAGGAUGAAAUUGUGGGCUGUAAAUACAAACCCCUCCCUCUCCAGGGAAUCAUCCUCCUGGAGCUAGUGACAGCUGAGAAAAUGGCUGUGAGCUGAGGCGGGGAGGAGGAGAGAGGCUGGUGGGGAAGAGGAGAGUCAACUGUCCAGGUCUAAGUUCAAAGACCACAUCGAAAGGUCAAACAGAGCCGCUGGCAGCUUAACUGAAUGCUUGGGAUUUUUUCAUACUGUGGAGCAUGCCACAAAGCAGUGUGUUUAACUUCUUUCUGCCUUUUUUUUUUAAAGAAAUGGAACAAAAAUCAAUUUAAUAAACAUUUCUCAUAGUGUG